GAGAGUGUCGGACACAUGACAUAGAUUUGCGCCUCUAGUUUGAAUUUUAGUUUUUAGGUUAGUUUCCACUUUCCGCAUAAUUUUAUAGGCCUACAGUAAAGACAGUAAUAGAUUUUCGAAUUCCCUUUUCUAUUGAGCUAUAUUACCAAACUUUCCUAUUAUUUCAGCAGUGCCUAAUUUUUAUUACUUCAAGACGUCCCCUUUGGAGUAUACAAUAUCAAUCUGCCAAUUAAUCUAACAUUGUACACUCUGUCCUCUGCGACCGCUACGCACGCAGGUUGCAAAUUGCAAAAAUCUAGAACAUGUCUGCAUUACAAACAGUGAGAUCAUAUUGGAAAUAUUUGAUUGAAGGCAAAGGUUUUGAAACUAUAUUGAAUACCACACAGAUCGUAUCAGCAGGCGAAGGAAAAUGUACUGCAGAAAUGGUAGUAAGAGAGCAACAUCUGAAUGCUCUAGGGACGCUGCAUGGAGGCUGUACAGCUACUUUGGUCGAUAUGAUAUCUUCUAUGGCUCUGGUUACAACUGAGCAAGCAAAUACUGGUGUCUCAGUAGAUAUGUCAAUUUCGUAUUUGAGAGCAGCUACAUUGGGUGAAAAAAUUAUAAUUGAGGCAAAAACAAAUAAAUCGGGGAAAACGUUGGCGUUCCUUGAUGUUGCUAUCAAGAAAAGUAAUGGCGAUUUGAUAGCUACUGGAACGCAUACAAAAUUCGUUGUAAAAUCAAAUUGAUCUUGAAUGAGACACCAUUGGUAAUGCAGCCAUCGGUAGACUUAAAACUACUUACCUUAAACCACUUACUUAGUUAUUUCUCUAUUCAAGAAGUAUUGAAGAAGGCUUUACUUUUUGUUUGUUUCAUAGAUUAGAAAUACAAUUCUUUCUUAUUUAAUUCAAUGAAUUAAUAAUUGAACUAACAUGUAUCUUAGGGUAAUUUAUUCGCCUCCGAUUAUAAAUGUUUGCAUCUUAAAUGUCAAAUUCAGCGAAUAUUGUUGUGUCAAACUCAAUGAUAGUGUAAGAUUUAUGUCAACCGUAUGCGUGUUCAUAUUCUUAUAAUGGUAUUGGGAUUUUAGUAUUGAUGGAAGGUAAUUGAUGUAUAUUAUAUUAUUGACGGUAUUUGUAUUAAUUAUUGAUGGUUUCUGAUGGUGCUCUUCCUUUUUUUGGCUGUCGUUUUUCUAGUUGCUGAAACAAUUAAAAGUAUUAGAUUGUGUACAGUUAUAUGGUAAAAAAGUCUACAAUUGAAUAGUAUUUUUCGUCAUGUGAUGUUAAUAAAUUAUUGUUGAACGAAA